AUGUGCCCAACCAAAUCACAAUCUGCCUUAUUCUACGGUCAGGCUGCGACUUACAUAUUUCACGGUAUAGUGCCAUCUAUCGCAUAUUUGAUGAACUAUCUGCUCGGAAUUUGUAAAGAACCUUUAAAAAUGAAAUUAAAGAUUUUCAUAAGUACCCAAGUCCAAGUGUUGGUUGAGAAGCCUACUGAAGAAGAUUCGACAAUUAUUGCAGUUGGAGAUACCUCCACCGCCGAUCAUGUAAACGUUGAUGAUGUUUGCAUGGCACGUAUAAGAGCGGAGGAUUUGGAGGAAUUACAGACCUCUACAUUUUCUGAAAAUGAGUACGAUAAAUCUUUUUAUGACUUGGGAAACUUCACAGACAAAAUAUUAAGUGAUAACGAAAAACGUCAAAUUCUUGAUAUGGGGCCUUUACAGCCUUCAGGACCUUUUCCAACAGACAUCAACCAGAACAAUAGGUGUUUUUCAAAAUCGUACUACGUUUCAAGUUCAAAAUACGGACCAGUUAAUCGUUUUGGUUGUGCUAUUCCAAAAUACUAG